AUGAUAAAAGCAGCUUUGAUAGCCAUCUUAGGAGACAAUUUGGGCUCCCACUGCAUCGAAUGCAGCAGACCAGAAGACCUAAACGACACCGUUACUCUGGACCUGUACCCUGCUAUUACAGUGGAAACAUCAAGCCCACUAACACCUCCAUCUGUCUCAACAUCUACCCCUGUGUAUUGUUGCAGCUCAUGGGUUUCAGCCUUUCAAAUUCCUUGGGACAGAUUUCCCAUUCGACUGUCAGAUGCAAUUACAAGGGGGGAGAGAGCUCAUCCAGAAGACAGAAGGAGUAUGGUUAGAAUUGUUGUGGAGGCCAUGCAAGUUCAUUGCAGAAAUCCCAAACGUUCAGCUUGUGAGGAGAUUGCAAAGAUUAUUGCCAAUACAUAUCCACAGACAUUUGCAGAUUUCACAGACAAAGGAGAAAAACUAGGUUCUGGUCACUAUUCAUUGCUUAGAAGCAUCAAAUGCAGAGUUGAACAUGUUAAUCGAGACAAUGUAGCACACAGACUCCGUCAACAAAAAAGAAUCAGGAUUGAGGGUGACUGCAUUUCAGAUAGUCCUGAAACAUCACAUAAAGAGGUUCGGUGCCUCAGUGACAGGUACGGUUGUAUUAAUUGGCAGCCAGUUCAACUUCCUGAAGGGGAAACACAGGGGUCUUUAGAGGACAAGAAAAACACCUUGCUAUCAAUUUUCCAUUCUGAAGGUCCUGAAGCCGUGGAUAGAUCUGUUGUCAAUAGUCUCAUGGGCCUCACAUAUAUUUCUCAACGGCAACUCAUCAACAGCUGUCCCUCACUUUUAAUAGCUGAAAUUCAAGAGCAGUGGCCUUUCUUGUUCACACUGUAUGGGAUGUCUAGCCACUUUAAACAACUCACUGGCAUUGAUAUUGGUGAAUGGCUGAAUCAGGCCCUCAUUACCAAAGGCAGGAGAAUAUUGAAUUAUUUUUCCAGCCAGAAGCUCAAAUGGAACGUUGAAAUUAGGAAUUAUAUUCUGCAGAUAGAAGGUGAGGGAGAUUUGAGCAACAACAAAGUUGCCAUAGCAGCCGUAGUGCUCAUG